CACAAAUGUUUUCGAACCGUGUGUAUAGCCAGCCACAUGUCCGAUUGACUGUACGUUCGAAUUCGUUCCUGAAAUCCCCGAGUGUUGAACAAGUGUUAGGUGUCCACAAUGGCGAGCUUGACAACAGCCAAACUUUCUUUUCAAUCUAAUGGGAGAACGCCUUCAAUUUCCUCACCUCUAAAUUCAUUCUCUCAUGGUGUCGAUUCCGCAUGGAUAAUUUCAGGCAGAGAAUCAUCUUUAUGUGACCGGGCGCUAAGAAUUGAAAAUGCCAAAGUUAACAGAGGAGUUAAGGUCUAUAGCAGAAAGAGGAGGGGAACUCGACAUUCCCCUGUGGUUUCAAUGGCGACGGGGAAAUCUGAGGUACCGAAGAUCAUGAUAUCCGGGGCACCUGCCUCUGGUAAAGGGACUCAAUGUGAGCUCAUUGUGAAGGUGUAUGGAUUAGUACAUAUUUCUGCUGGAGACCUGCUCAGAGCAGAAGUUGCAGCAGGGACAGAGAAUGGCAAAAGAGCCAAGGAGUACAUGGAAAAAGGGUCUUUAGUGCCUGAUGAAAUUGUUUGCACGAUGGUGAAAGAGCGAUUGGCACAGAAAGAUGCAGAAGAAAAGGGAUGGCUGUUAGAUGGAUACCCCCGAAGCUUGUCACAAGCAGCAGCCCUUGAGAAUUAUGGGAUCAGGCCAGAUCUCUUUGUUCUCUUAGAUGUCCCUGAAGAAAUCCUUGUUGACAGAGUUGUGGGAAGGAGACUUGAUCCCAUUACAGGGAAAAUUUAUCAUCUCAAGUAUUCUCCACCCGAAACAGAUGAAGUUGCAGGAAGGUUGACUCAACGUUUUGAUGAUACAGAGGAGAAAGUAAAGUUACGGUUGAAAACACAUCAGAAAAAUGUAGAAGAUGUACUUUCCAUUUAUAAAAAUGUCACCACGAAGGUUGAUGGGGAUCGUCCCAAAGAACAAGUGUUUGAGGAGAUUGAUAAAGCAUUAGCAGAAGUCAUUCAACAAAAAAAAGAGUCUAGAGCAACAUCAGUUCUCGGUGGCAAUUAAUGAAUAUGAUCAAACCAUUGUUAUCAUUUUUUCAUUGAGGAAUAGCUUUGUUAAUAUUAAAAAUGCACGCUCUUAAAAUUAGCUUAUCCAUGAGUGGGAGGCCAUAUAAGUUUUCUUUCUCAUCCAUGUGUUUGUACUUAAUUCUAGCUGUAUUGCACCAUCCAGAGGAGUAAAUUUUUACAAAUUUGAACUGGGAAUUCCCAAUUAAUUGCCUGUAUUUUAGCAAAAUUAAUGCCUGGAUAACAAGUUGUUCCCAGAUGGGAUGUUAUCUCUGAGGCAAACAUUGAGCCCCCUCUGGGGGUUUUUGAAUGUGAUAGAGCAGGCUGUAGCAACAAUAUUAUAGGGCCAUGGGAUGUAUGAUGACCCGAGCUCUCUUAUCUUAACUGUGAACUCUCGAAUUUGUAAUUUUAAUGGUGCAUAAACUCUCAUAGAUGUUGGCAGAUAGGUAUUAGUAAUUUUUUUGAAGUACUGUUUAGACUAGUUAUA